AUGGAGAAACACAUCUCCGAGUAUGUGAAUGUCUACACCUGCAUCCGUGUCUGUGUGGAACAACAGACUCCACGGGGUUAUUCCUGUUUGCAGGCUGCUGGAGGUGGCGGUACUUCGGGUUCUCGGGAAGUCCUGCGGGUCACCCUCGUCAUCUUCGGCCCUGCAGCCUUUGCUUCCGCGGUUAGCAGCCCCCCGACUCCGCUCCCGGAGCGUCCCCUGGUUCUCCUAGAGGCAACAUGUCUGAGCGCCCCACGCCUCCAAGCCUGCGAGCAUGUCCUGAGAUCCUGCGAUGACCAGCCAUUUAGGGCGCACCUGAGUGCCCAGGCCCACGCCAUCCCCGCUUCCUUUCACGUAACAGCCGUGGCUAGGCCCGGCUCGGCCAGGUCUAAGUGCAGACGACGUCGUCCGGGCUCCAGAGGCGCUCGCCGUCCGGCCGUCCGGCCCGCAGCCGGGAAGGCACGACUCGUCCCUCUAGCGGGCGGCCUGGGCCGCACCGAGGCCUCAGAGGCGCGUCCGAGCUCCCCAGGCCCAGGCGGCCGGGAGAGGCCGCGGGCGCGGGCCGCUGCAGCCCCGGGUGCCAGGCCGCGCGCGCGGAGGGCGGCGGGAGCCAGCCCAGGUCGGAGUCCCCGGUGGAGCCCAGGGGAAGCGCCGUCCCCGCCCCGCCCCUCCUCGCAGCGGCGGCCGCGGCGGCUGCGUCGCCAGGGUCGCGCUCGCCUGAGACGGGAGGCGGAAGGUGCGAGGCCGGGCCGGGCCGGGCCGGGCCGGGCCGGGGCAGCUCCUCAGCCGCACCGCCCUGGCCGGUGCCCAGGCCCGAGUCGCCUUCCGCCCGCCCUCCCCACCCGCGGCCUCAGCCAGGUCCCGCCGCCAGCCCGGCUCCCGCCCCCGCUCCGCCCCCGGAGCCGCAGCCCCGCCCGCCACCGCCGUCGCCAUGUUGUGGCUCCCGCAGCCGGCGCUGGGGACGCGCGCGGCCGAGCCCGGGGCCUGCCGCUGCCGCCGCCGCCGCCAGGUGGUGAUUGGACUCUAGACCAUGUGCCUAGGUAGUUUUUCCUUUCUCCGCAGCUCUGCUC